AUGGAUAAGCUUCUCAGAUCCCGAAAAUCCCAUGCACCGCGAAUUGAGCGCAUUACAAAGGUGCUAGAGAAGCUUGAGGAUGCCGAUAGCGCUGAUCUGGAAGACGUCGCAGCGGAAUUGGAUAACCUCAACAGUGUCUGGUCAUCGUAUCUUGCAAUUCAUCAAAGGAUCCUCAACACCGUCGACACCGAUGCUGCUUACGACGAGGCUAUGAGUCAUCAGAUAGCCUUUGAGGAGGAGUACAUGUCGCUGAAAAAGGGGUUAGUGAAAUUGCAGAGACGAGUGGGUGUGUUACCCACCGAACACGAGGAUACACUUUAUCAACAAAAUGGCGGCAAUACAAGCUUCAUCGAAAUCUUCGUGCAACAGCAAGCGCAGCUUCUACGAGCUUUAUCAGGAAAUGCAGCGGCCACAUCAUCUCCGGACAUCCCAGCAUCUCCUACAGUGCACCCUGAAUUCACCCCGCUGCCGGAUCUCAGGCUUCCAAGAAUGGACCUCCCCAUCUUCAGUGGGAAUUAUCUAGAAUGGCAGUCGUUUUAUGAUCUCUUUUGUGGCUCAGUUCAUCAAAAUCCGUCGCUGCGCCCGAGUCAGAAACUUUACUUUCUCAAGACUCAUCUGGCAGGUGAAGCCGCUACGCUUGUAUCCCACUUGAACGUCGAGGAUGCAAAUUAUCUGCCGGCCCUACAAAAGCUAGAAAGCCGCUACAACAAGCCCCGCGAAAUUGCAAACUUACACAUCACACGUUUUUUGAGCCAACCUGCCUUGACAUUAUCGUCCCCGGCUGGGUUACGCUCCCUCCAUGAUGUGUCAGAUGAAGUGAUUCGGGCUUUAACUGCACUUCAACGUGAAGGACGCGAUAUCUGGCUGCUCCAUAUCAUCUACGAAAAGCUCGACCAGCAAACAAAGGAAUUGUGGUGCCAAAAAACAAUGGAUAUGGACGAGCCCAACAUCACCGUCGCCGCACUAUUGAAAUUUAUAGACAAUCGAUGCGGUGCUCUACAAUUAUCUCAACCUGUUCGAAAACCUACUCGGGAACACAAUGCAUCGAUCCCAGUUAAAUCGCCAUCGCCGCGAUAUCCGUAUAGGUCAACGUCCUCUCUCGUAGCUACUGACAUGCCACCGUCGGUAUGUGGCAUUUGUUCGAAGGCCGGUCAUCAGCCAUAUCAGUGCGGUAAGUUUGUUCACGCUAGCCCAACUGACCGUUGUUCGAUGAUUUCCAGGCUCAAGCUAUGCCAAAACUGCCUGAAGCAUCACACCGGCGAGCCAUGCAAGGCUGGAUCAUGCAGAAAGUGCAAUCAAAUGCAUCAUACACUUCUCCAUCAAGCCUUCCAGUCAUCUAAUAGUUCGUCAUCGUCGGCAGUUAAUCGUACAUUCCCGGCUGCAUCUCAAGCACUUAUCUCGUCCAUCAACUUAGCCGACCAUCUGGAUGGGUCUAAUGUGCUGUUACUGACAGCCACAGUCGAUGUCUUCGAUAAAUACGGUCGUCGCCACGCAAUCCGCGCGGUACUUGAUUGUGCUUCGCACCUGAGUUUCAUUAGAAAGGACCUCUGUGACCGUCUGGGUAUAGAAAAAUCACCAAUCGAUUUGGAUUUCCAAGGAAUAUCUGCAACUAGCUCGCAUGCCAACAUGGGCACGUCGGUCACCGUGGCUUCAAGGUGCUCUAAUUAUCGUACAACAAUUCCAUGUGCAGUUUUGGACCGAAUUUCGGCUGAUCUUCCGCUGCGGCCAGUGGACAUCAGUGACUGGCCAAUUCCCGACUCGGUUUAUUUGGCUGACCCGCAAUUUCAUCAUCCUGGGAAAAUUAGCCUUCUACUAGGAUUGCAACCGUUUCUCGACUUGCUUGAGCCAGGACGUAUAAAUUUGGAUACAGAUGGUCGUUUCCCGAUUCUGCAGAACACAAAACUUGGCUGGGUGGUUUCGGGCCGCUACGAUGCCAUCAAUUCAACAUCAACUUCCAGUGCGUGCUUAAUUACUUCUCCGAACGAGACACUUUCUCAUCAGCUGCAAAGGUUUUUCGAGAUCGAGGAGUACAUCAACCCGGAACCUCAUUUCAGCGAAGAGGAGAGAAACUGCGAGACACACUUCGAGCAAAAUACCGUUCGUGAUCAGUCAGGCUGUUUCGAAGUUCGCCUUCCAUUUCGUGAAAAUCCUAGCUCCCUUGGUGCAUCCCGUGACAUUGUCGUAAAGCGACUCGGACACAUAGAGCGAAAAUUAAAUAGAUCGCCCUCGUUGAAAACUGAAUAUCACGCGUUUUUGCGAGAAUACCUAAAUGCCGGACAUAUGAGUUUGGCUGCAAUCCCAUCACCCAAAAGGGCAGUAUACCUCCCACAUCACUGCGUCCUGAAGGAGUCCAGCUCCACGACAAAGUGUCGUGUCGUGUUCGACGCUUCGUCAAAAACGACCAGCGGGAAAUCUUUAAACGACGUUUUGAUGACCGGACCGGUCAUUCAAGAUUCGUUAAUAAAUAUUCUCCUGCGUUUUCGCAUUCCGGCAAUCGCUCUCACUGGGGAUAUCAGGCAGAUGUAUCGCAUGGUGAAAAUUUCUGCAUCGGAUCGAGACUAUCAGCGGAUACUAUGGCGAUGGAAGGAAGAGGAUCCAAUCGAUGAAUAUACACUCAAUACCGUCACUUACGGUACAAAGCCAGCGUCAUACUUGGCUACAAAAUGCGUCCAGCAAUUGUUGAACCAAAUUGCACACACAGAUCCUGACACGUUCCAGAAAGCUUCGCUGGGAAUUUACGUCGAUGACGUUUUGACCGGUGCAGAUUCCCCCGAAGAAGCACAACGAUUGCGACAACGACUUUCCGAAUUGUUUGCCACUGGGGGUUUUCAUCUCCGCAAAUGGGCAUCGAACCACUCCUCAGCUUUAGAAGGUGUUCCUGAAGCCGACCUCGAAGUAAGGAUCCCCAUCGAGCUCCACGAAGACGACACUAUAAAGGCCCUCGGAAUCCACUGGCAGCCGUGCAGCGAUGAGUUCCUGUUCUCUUAUCAACCUUACAAGAGCUUUCAGCCCACAAAACGCAUCAUAUUAUCCGAAAUCGCCAGCCUAUUCGACCCUCUGGGCUUGCUGGCCCCCGUCAUCGUCAUGGCGAAACUGGUGAUGCGAAAACUGUGGGAGCUGAAGGUGGACUGGGAUGAAACUCCCCCGGGUGAGUUAAUCAACGAUUGGCUAACAUUAGCACAGAAUCUGUCGUCUCUCAAUUCAUUUCAGAUCCCUAGACGCGUGAUCGACUCACGAGCACCGGUGAGACUCUUCCUGCACGGCUACAGUGAAGCUUCCGAGAGGGCCAUGGGCGCCUGCAUCUACGUCCGCUCCAUUGAUGAAGCCGGCAACCGCUCUUCGCAUCUACUUUGUGCCAAGUCGAAAAUUGCGCCGAUUGGUAACAACAGGUCUACGAUUCCCCGGUUGGAGCUGCAUGCAGCGGUCAUACUAGCGAAACUUAUCAACAAUGUGUCUGCAGCUUUACAGAUCCAGUUCCACGAGACACGUGCCUACAGUGAUUCUCAGGUCGUACUGGCUUGGAUAGCCGGUGGCGCCUCGAAAUGGAAAACCUACGUGGCGAAUCGCGUUGCGAAUAUUGCCACACUCUUGCCGUCGAUCAACUGGUACCACGUGUGCACGCAGGAUAACCCAGCAGACGUAAUAUCCCGAGGGGCCCUACCGGUUGCACUACAGAAAAACUCGCUUUGGUGGCAUGGGCCAGAUUGGCAGCACUCUUUACCUUCCGUCGAGCUCAGUACUACACAGAGCAGUCAAGUUAACCGGGAAUGCAAGGCUACAGCAGUAGGCCUCCUUUCCGUCCAUGAAAAUCAAUUUUUAGACGAUAUGCUGGCUCGUUAUUAUCCUAACAAGCAGAUGCUUCUGCGAGUCACGGCUCGUCUUCUUCGAUUCGCCUAUCGUGGUCCCGAACGUUUGUCCGCUGCGGAGCUGGAUAGAGCUCUAAUUAUAUACGUUCGACACACGCAACAUACUCACUUCCCGAAUGAAAUUCAGCGCUUAAUGGAAGGUAGGUCGGUUGCAACUGGAAGUCCCAUCUACCAACUGGAUCCACAACUUGACUCGGACGGAGUCCUCAGGGUGGGCGGCAGACUUCGGUUGUCAAAGCUAUGCUACAACACAAAGCAUCAAAUAUUACUUCCACGACGCUCAGCUUUGACUUCAUUAAUUCUACACGACGAGCACAUUAGUAAUCUUCAUUGCGGACCGCAAACGUUAUUAGCAAUCUCUCGCCGUCGGUUCUGGAUUCCUUAUGGAACGACUGCUGCCCGUAAAAUCUGUCGGCAGUGCAUUACUUGUACUCGUGUGAGACCCGCCCCGUUACGCCAACAAAUGGGACAGCUUCCUGCAGAUCGCUUAGAGCCGCAACCUGUGUUCUCAGUAGUGGGCAUUGAUUAUGCCGGUCCAGUCAGCAUAACUAAUCGCAAAUCAAGAGGAAUCGCGUCGAGCAAGGGCUAUAUCGCUUUAUUCGUUUGUUUUGUCACCAAAGCCGUAGCCCUGGAAGCGGUGUCUGAUCUAACUACGCCAGCGUUUUUGGCUGCCUUCACAAGAUUUUCAAGUCGGUAUGGUUUACCAGCGCGUGUGUAUAGCGACAACGCUACUAAUUUUCGGGCUGCUGCGAAACUGCUGAAGGAGCUGAACGCACUUGUAAACUCAGCUGAAUAUAAAACGACGGUAGCGGAUUUUUUUGCCGAUCAAGGUGUGGAAUGGAGCUUUAUCCCCCCUCGCUCCCCUCAUCAUGGAGGCCUAUGGGAGGCUGGAAUAAAGGUGGCAAAGCAGCUUUUGUCGAAAAUAUCAGGCAACUACAUAUACACGUUCGAAGAGCUCUCUACGUUGCUUGCUCAAGUUGCAGCUUGUAUGAACUCGCGGCCCAUUGCACCGAUCUCCAACGACCCUAGUGAUCCGCAGCCAUUAACUCCGGCUCACUUUCUUAUUGGACGACCAUUGACCACUGCGCCUGAAAUUAACCAACUCGAACGCCGCAUCAGUUCCAUGACUCGGUGGCAAUUUGUUCAACGGAAGGCACAAGAAUUUCGCGAGCGCUGGCAGAAGGAAUACGUUCGAUCGCUCCAGUUAUUUUCGAAAUGGCAGAAGUCAACAGUCAACUUGAAACCUGGAGACUUUGUGCUUAUUGUUGGUGAGAACGAAAAACCGAAGCAAUGGCCACUAUGA